CCAUCCCUCCCAGUCCAUACCCAUAGUCGUCUUCUUCCAGCUGGGCGAGAGGCACGAGAUCCGAUCCGAUCCGAUCCACCCCGGAGCCGGAACCCUAGCCAGGUCCACCGCUAUGGCGACGACGCGCCCGCUCCUCCUCUGUGCCGCCCUCCUCCUCGCCGCCCUCUCCUGCACCUUCGCCGCCGACGCGCCCUUCCUCGUCGCGCACAAGAAGGUGGCCCUCUCCCGCCCCAAGCCCGGCGUCGAGCGCCUCGCCGUCUCCCUCGACCUCUACAACCAGGGAUCCGCAACUGCAUAUGAUGUGGCCAUUAAUGAUGACUCGUGGCCAAAGGAAGCAUUUGAACUUGUCUCUGGAGAGGUCUCAAAGACUUUGGAAAGGCUUGAACCUGGCGCCACUGCUUCGCACGCGUUUGUAUUGGAGAGCAAAACACAGGGCAGGUUCCAAGCUUCACCUGCUGUUAUCAAGUACCGUGUUGCUACAAAGGCUGCACUGCAGGAGGCCUACUCAACUCCCAUCCUCCCCCUGGACAUUCUUGCUGAAAGACCUCCAGUGAAGAAGUUUGAAUGGGCUAAGAAACUUGUUGCAAAGUACGGAGCACUGGUGUCUGUCGUUUCCUUCGUUCUGGGGUUCAUCUACCUGGUCGCGAGCCCAUCGAAAUCUGCCGGCUCAAAGUCUGGCAAGAAGAGGCGCUGAUCUAUCAUCCAUGGUUCACCGUUUUUGUAGCUGGCCGUUUGCCUGGAGAGAGACUCUUGGUAGCAGAGGAAGAGAAUCUCUGAAGUUACAACACCCCAUGGACUGUAAUGUAAUGGAGCGACUAGCAGCAAAGUGACACUAUAAUUUUGGUUAUUUCCAUUUUGUGUUGUCAGCGACUUAACCCGGAGGAGUAGAUUUGGUGAAACAUAGAAACCCUUUUGAUUCUGUACUGUGUGGAGGACCAUGUGGUUGUGCAUCCAAUCUUAGCCCCUGGUA